AUGGUGUUCCUAAAUAGUACGAGUAAUAAUGAUACGUUCUUUUUGUACCCGAAUAUGAAGCAAAUUGAUGAUAUUUGCGUUACCGACGAUCUCAAGUACAAGAUACUUUUGAGCGGCUUCUUAACGAUUGUCCUAAUUUUAAGUUUAGUUGGAAAUAUAAGUACGUGCGCAGUUAUCAUUCGAAAUCGUUCCAUGAGGACCCCCACUAAUUGUUAUUUAUUCAAUUUAGCUGUAACAGAUUUAUUAACUGCUGUAUGUAUUCCUGUUGAAAUCUACAUAAUCUGGACGCCAGAUUAUUUUCCGAUCGGGGAAAUCGGAUGCCGAAUACAUUACGUUAUUUGGGAUUGCCUCAGUAACUGCAGUGUCCUUACCAUUUUUGCUUUCACUGUUGAAAGAUAUAUUGUCAUUGUAAAGCCUUUUCUCCGACAAUCCCUUGUUAUGACUUCACGUGUUAUAAAGAUAGUUAUAUUCAAUUGGUUGUUGUCGUGUUUGUUCUGUGUGCUGCAAGUCUUUAACGUGUUCCUGUAUGAACGUGAUAAAGGCAUUUACUGCCUCUUUCAACUUACCGAGAAAGUUCUGAUUGUAAUGAGUAUCGACCUUUUUAUAUUUUUCGCUUUUCCUAUGACUGUUAUAUUUGUAAUUUAUAUAUUCAUCGCCUUGAAAUUGAAACGUACGAAUGAGAAUUUAAAAAGCAGUCCAGCCAAUGGUAAAAAGAACAGAGAUAAAGCAGUCACCAUGCUGGCUGCUGUCGCCGCUUCUUUCUUUUUCUGUUGGUUCCCGUAUUCCGUUUUGCGGCUAAUGAUGAUCAUACCGCGACUGCGACAAGAUGACUAUUACAAAGUGUGGCAAGUGUUUGGAUAUUUGAGCUUGGUCAACAGCUAUUUGUCAACCGCCAUCAACCCGAUUCUUUAUAGUCUAAUGUCGCGGAGAUUUCGACAGGCAUUUAAGCAACUGUGA